AUGGCUUUGACUGAAACAGCACAUCCAGCUCUCCCAACAUUAUGGGACGAUACAAUUGUGCCAACUCUUCGUAAAAGACUAGAAAGCGAAAGUCGUAUCCUUGCUAAACGCCUAUCAGUGGCAUCUUUUUCUUCUACGGACGACGCACCAAGGUCGAACGCUCCUUCAAUUUCUGGCCAUACUCUGCGAGAUCAGGCUCCAAGUUCACUUCAUUCUCCAGAAUACAAGAAAUUUAGUGCUAUACCCAGACCAAGCUUGCAACAAUCAAGAAGUCCCUCAGAAGCAUCCCGUGCCAACGGCACUUCCUCACACAAUCCUCCAUCUACACGCGCCCGCACAGUUUCUCAACCAUACUUGUACGAUCCUUCUUCUCAACUUAACGGCUACGCGAACGGACACGCUCUACCCACCCCAGAUUCUUCUCGUCCUACUUCCCCCCGUACCUCUGACGUGAAACCCACCCGAAUACCGAUGGCCGCGCGGGGGAGAACCACAAGUAUUUCCAGUCAUGACCAAAGUAUCGCUACUCGUACAGAAAGCCGCAAUGACGUCCUUUCCCACCAGACACCUACUCCUGAUACGUCUCCUGAUCUCUGGAUUAUCGGCGAGACUGAUCCCACUUUGUCAAAUGCCACUAUUCGGCAUCAGAGAUCAAAUAUCAUGAAUGAGCCUGCUCCAUUUGGGGCGAGUUCUAUCAGCUCCUCUAUUCUAUCCAAAAAGUCUCACCAUGAUGCUGCCUUUGCGCCUCCGCGGCCUUCUAAUGAAUCAGAAGAGCGCCCAUUUGAACAUUGGUACAGAGGAGACGUGCAUAGAAACGGUGGCGUCGGGGAAUUGCGUGUAGGUAAACGCAUGGAGAUGUUGCGUAUUGCCAACUUCGGACACGACACAAAGUCCAGCACGCACCAUCUUGCACAUCGUGACUUCUCUGCCGCUUUGGAGUACAGCCGUAGACGGAAGAGAGCUGAUAGUGCUUCUGGCCUACGUGAAAGACAGAGUUUGUAUUUGGAUGAAGAGAGAGCAAAGGAGGCGGAUAUGGUACUGGACGAGAGCCCACCGACGGAUAUCGAUGGUGAUCAUGACACUGACCAGGAGGAUUUCUAUAACGCGCACGACGGUACAGAAGACGUCACCAUUCAUCCUCCAUUCAGUGUGUCUACGCCUGGUCUAGUCACGUUCUCUACGGAGAAUGCCCGUAGCGAAGCUCACCCCACUCUUAAUACCGAGAUUCCACCUACUCGGAUACCCGUUGCACGUACAGCCUCGGAACCUCUUAGAGCCAAUACAUCCAUUGAAACGACACGCAGUUCCGAAACCCUGAUUCCAUCUCCUCCUGACUCCAUCACAAGUCCCCGCCGGCGGUCAUUUUCACCAUCACAGAGUCAAUCGCCUGAUCGUCCGCCGAGUAACAAACGUCGCACGAAUAGACCGGUGUCGCCUUCAACACCGAAGAGGUCCAAGACGAAAGCGAAGACACCAUCUUUAGCUGCACAACGGAAGGAUGACAAUCGCGGUUCGGUUGCUUCGUACCCAACUCCCGAAGGAGAUGGUAUGGUUGACGCCAUACCCACGUGGACCCAACCAGUUCAGAAGUCGGGUACCUGGGACGAGGUAGUAUUACCGGUUGUAGCGCGCAAGAAAGGUCUUGAUGGUCAGUACGAGCAAGCAGAUGGCAGCCCUCGUCCAAAACCUCCCAAUCCUGUUGCUCCAGCGCCUGGCACUUUUGGCUACGAUUACUCCAAGUAUCGCGCGCCUCGGGGAGAGGAGAUACCAAUGGAUGAAUUCGGCAACCUACCAAACACGAAUCAGGAGACAACAGCACCGAUGCCUGAUAGCCCACCUCCAACACUGGCACCCCUCACCGAAGAACCAGAGAGACCCAUCCGUCCAGCCCGUCGGAAAACGACCCCACGUCCUCCUGACUCUCCGGCACCAUUCUCGCACUACCGACGUACAGACAUUCCGACCAUCAACGUUACGCGGCCAUCCACUGACCUGGAGCCACCAAAGCAAGUACCUCACGACGAUGAAGACACAGGCGCUGGGUGCUGCAAGUGCGUUGUUAUGUGA